AUGAAAUUAUAUGAAUUCUUUGAGGAUAAAGGAUAUUUUUAUCUUGUUACUGAGGUUUAUACGGGUGGAGAACUCUUCGAUGAAAUCAUCAAUAGAAAAAGAUUCAGAGCCUACUAUAUUGCGCCUGAGGUGCUGCACGGCACAUACGACGAGAAGUGCGACGUUUGGUCUACGGGGGUUAUUCUAUACAUCUUGCUCUCAGGGUGCCCCCCCUUCAACGGCGCAAAUGAAUUCGAUAUUUUAAAGAAAGUAGAGAAAGGCAAAUUCACCUUCGACCUGCCGCAGUGGAAGAAAGUGAGUGAGCCAGCAAAAGACCUUAUAAGAAAGAUGUUGGCUUAUGUACCGACGAUGAGAAUAUCAGCAAGAGAUGCUCUAGAACAUCCUUGGUUAAAAUCAACAGAAAGACAAACAGAUAAUAUUGAUUUACCUUCACUAGAAAGCACCAUACUCAAUAUAAGGCAGUUCCAGGGUACUCAGAAGCUAGCAGCAGCAGCUUUGUUAUACAUGGGCAGCAAACUAACCACCAACGAGGAGACAGAUGAACUCAACAAAAUAUUCCAAAGAAUGGAUAAAAACGGAGACGGACAGCUAGAUAAACAAGAGUUAAUGGAGGGCUACGUGGAGCUGCUGAAGCUGAAGGGAGAGGACGUCUCCGCGGUAGAUAAAAGUGCUAUUGAGUAUGAAGUUGAACAAGUCUUAGAGGCGGUGGACUUCGAUAAAAAUGGAUUCAUUGAAUACUCGGAGUUUGUUACUGUUGCUAUGGAUCGAAAGACUCUGCUGUCUAGGCAGCGACUGGAACGAGCCUUCGGCAUGUUUGACUCUGAUGGAUCAGGCAAAAUAUCUUCAGCUGAGCUAGCCAUGAUAUUUGGGGUGAGUGAGCUGGAUGGCGAUGCCUGGCGGCGUGUGCUAGCUGAGGUGGAUGCUAACAACGACGGAGAGAUCGACUUUGCUGAGUUUCAGCAGAUGCUGCUGAAGCUGUGUGGUGAUGCAGCAGCAGCAACAGCAGCAGAAUAA